CUCGUCUGCUCCAACUUCCUCUGGUCCAGCUUCCUCCGGUCCAGCUUCUUCUGCUCCAACUUCCUCCGGUCCAGCUUCUUCUGGUCCAGCUACUUCCGGUCCAUCUUCUUCUGGUCCAGCUACUUCCGGUCCAGCCUCGUCUGGUCCAGCUUCUUCUGCUCCAACUUCCUCUGGUCCAGCUUCUUCUGGUCCAGCCUCGUCUGCCCCAACUUCCUCUGGCAGCGAGGGACCAACUACUUCCACUACUUGGGUCACUACUUGGAUUAA